GUGGUUACGAUCAAGGCAUCAACCCCCGUUGGCACAUUCCCCUCGAUGUUACCUUGAUGAGCUAAGCCUCAAUAUUGGGAAGGUAGUAUUCAACACAAUCCGUUCUAGUUGAACUUGGAAAGGUUAGGAAAUUCAGUGAAAAUUUCUGCGUAAGACAAAAUGAUUGAGCUGAAACAAAAUGGAAUAAUUUUGUAUGCAGGAUUACCCCGCACGAGUCAAGAACGCUCUCCUUCAAUGCCAUGCCAAAAAGGACACUUGCCAAGAGACGACACAAUUCAAUUGCUCAUUGUAAAGGUUAACACAAUCAUCAAACAGGCCAGUAGCACCAAGAGUUUCGUCAACCAUUCGUCAUUAUCACGAUACAAUUAAAUUGAAAUCCUUCUUCACAAAUUCCAUUACACAGCAUCUCCUACGGUUGCACAUACUCAUCGUAAAACGGUCCUUGAUAACCCCAUUCACUUCGAAACAGCACAGUCGCACUCAUCCCUCCGCCUUGCGAUCAAUCCUGCAGGGCUAAUUUGACUAUGGUCUCUUGGAUUUCGAAUCCAUUAUCUUACGGUACAUCACCCGUAGAUUACCCACGUGUGUCUUUCACAAAUAAGCACGAGCUCCAAGAACUCAUCCAAUCAAUCCAUAUCUGUAACAGUUUCUGCUCAAAGAAUGCCGACAUAAGCGUCUAGCAAGCUUCUAUGGAAAUCCAGGCCUUAGCAAUAAUGAACCUUCUAGCUUGAAUAUGGAGGAUUCAAAAGGAUGACAUUCCGGAUCCUCUCUCAAUCUUGGGGUUCCAAAGCUAGGGAAUUAGAAGAUACUAUUUCCUUGUAGGAAAAGCGAAGUACUACGUUGCUUUCCCCCUCAAAUGACGUGCCUUUGUAUUUGAAUCAUGCGAUUUCUUGAUAACGGCAAUCCAACAACAUGAAACACUUAUUUUUGCUUCCUCUCUACACAUGAGUGAAUGUGGGAGAGUUCAAAGGUGGAUCAACAUCCUACACGCACCUGUUUUUUUUAACCUCAACGUUGUCAUUCCUAGGCAUAUCCGUUUUGUUUAGUCUUGGCCGACUGCAGUUUGCAUGUUGUCUCUUCUUAUAACUGAGCUCGCAGAGAUGCUACCUAUCCUUAAUACUACGCA